AUGGUGUGGAAUUUGGUGCGGAAACCAACCACCGAUUCAAGCGAUCCACCAGCUGCGUCAAAUCGAGAUAGCACCGAUUACGAGGUACCAAUCGGUAGACAUGUUUCAAAUGUACCGCUAGACUCUCAACACGAAGACAACGAUCAUCCUGUUUAUGCUAUUCCGUACGACAAAACCGAUGCAAAUGCAAAUAGUGCCUCACCAGAGCCUAUUAUUCCACGACUAUCGGGGACACAAUAUUCAUCCACUAGAAGUUUUUAUAUCUAG